AUGGAAAGCGUAGAGACGUGUCGCGUGGCGGUGUGGUGCGUGGUCGUGGCGUGGUGCUUGUUGGGCGCGAGCGCGGCGCCGGCGCAGCUGUGCAGCGCGGGCGCCGAGGACGACCCCCGCGCCGCGAGGUUCUGUCAGGCGCUCAACACCUUCCUCGAACUAUACGCUGAGGCGGCCGGCGAGCAAGUACCCGAAUACCAAGCACUAGUACGCGACUACCCCCAGCUCCUCGACACAGGCAUGAAGCGCCAAGACGUCGUUCACUCCUUCCUCCGCUUCGGUCGCCGCUGACCGCCCGCGCCAAUUACCAACUAACCUUCUAACCCCUAACGUACACUUUAUUCGACUAUGUCCAAAACAUUGUAAGUUCCUUAUAUGUUAGCACAAUUAUCCAGACACUACGAAAUGUUAUGUAUCUAGGCUAUGAUGUACUUAUUGAUGAAAGUAUUAAUAGUUUAAGUAAUGUAAUUCGUUGUCAACAUUUUUCGCAUUUCGUUUGUUAAACAUAGCAAAAAUAUUUAAUAUUGUAAUAUUUUAAAUAAAUACAUAUUUGUGACAA